AUGUCGAACCAGUCCAACAAUACAUACCCUGGCCUAACCUUCAGCAACCACUACAACACCCUACGCCGGGGCCCCUUCCCCCCGCCGCACAACCCGGCCGGCGUGCCGAGCGUCACCAGCGUCACCAGCGUCACCACCAACAAGCCGUCGCCAUCGCUGACACAGCACGCAACUCACGCUACGCACGCCACCCACGCGUCGCCCUAUGCUCAAUCGCAGCAUCACCCCGCUGCCCAGCACCACCCCGCCCAACACCAGGCCUACCAGCCGCAGCAGCCGCAGCCGAGCCAGUACCCUCACCAUCUCUUCGCCCCGUCGCCCCAGAUCUCGAGCGUCGCCUCUGUUCAGAAUGCCUCGAGACCUCCUCCCCCGCCCAUGCCGUCCCUGACGGCCCCGGGCCCGACUCCUCGGCAGCGAGCGUCCGUUGCGACCCCCCGCCAGCAGAUGCAGCAGCAUCCACAGCACACCACUCAUGCCCCGACGCACACCCAGCAUCAGCCGCCCCCGCCGCCCGUCAACUACAUGCCGCAGAACCUCAGCCCGUCGUUGACCGGGCCGUCGCCGCUCUCGCAGCAGAGCAUGGCCCAGGCUGCUCAGCAGUCGCUCUCGCAGCAGAGCCUAGCCCAGCAGUCUCUGGCGGCAGCCACCCCGUCUAUGAGUCAGCCGCUGAGUGCUCAGCAGCUCAGCCAGCCGUCGCUGACGCACCAGAGUCUGGCCCAGGGCCCGACACUCUCCCAACAGUUGCAGCAGCAGGCUAUGCCGUCGCCGCUGACGCAGAGCUUGAACCAGACAAGCGUGGCCCAGCAGACGCUCGCUCAGUCGGUUCAGCCGGUUCAGCAGGUGCAGACUACCGCUACUGCCGCGGCUGCUGCUGCUGCUGCUGCGGCGGCGGCGGCGCAGCAAAAUGAUACGGCCACGAGCCAGAUGCUCUCGCAGCAUGCGACUGCUGCUCAUCACCAACAACAUCAUCAGCAGCAUCACCAGACGCAUACUCAUACCCACACGCAGACACACACCCAAUCCUCGUUGCAGCCUGUGCAGCAGACCUUAGGGCAGGUCACGCAAGUGCAAAAGACGCAGUCGUUGCAGCAGGUCCAGCAGCAGCAUCAACAACAACAGCAGCAGCAGCAGCAGCAGCAGCAGCAGCAGCAGCAUCAGCAUCAGCAUCAGCAUCAGCAUCAACAACAACAACAACAACAACAACAACAACAGCAGCAGCAGCAGCAGCAGCAGCAGCAACAGCAUCAGCAUCAGCAUCAGCAUCAGCAUCAACAACAACAGCAGGUACAAGUGCAGGUGCAGGUACAGGUGCAGCAUUCACAGACACAGUCUACCCAAGUUCAGGCGUCAUCUUCGCGGAACGAGCCCGUUGAUCAAGGGCAAGACGGCCAUCAAGACGAUGACGUCGAGAUGGUCAGCAGUCAGGCCGACUCCUCCGGCAACGAGAUGGCGCUGGUGCCAGCCGGCGGUGGUAGCGGUAGCGGUAGCAGUGGUACUAGCAAUGCUUUGACUCCUAAAGUGCCCGAUCACCAUGUCCCCUUCAUCCCUCGCGCCCCCAUGGGCCCGAUGAUGUCUGCGCCGCCGGAGGGCGGCAGUUUCCCGACGCUGGAAGCGAUUCAUAAGCAUGUUUUGGACUACUGCACAUCGGUAGGAUAUGCCGUCGUCAUUGGGCGGUCGAAGAAGACGGUGCCAGGGCUGAAGAAAGUGCUGUUUGUGUGUGAUCGGGCAGGGAAGCCCCCUAAAAGAGUUAGCCCAGAGCUAAGAAAGAGGAAGACCACGUCGCGGAAGUGUGAUUGUCCGUUUGGGUUUUUUGCUAUCGAGCAGAGGACCCAGUGGACGGUGCGGUACAGACCGAAUCCGGCGCAUCUGCAGCAUAACCAUGGACCUAGUGAGAGCCCGCUUCUUCAUCCGGCCGCCCGGAAGCUUGACAGUAAGAUGGUGGCUACUGUCAAGCAGUUGAAGGAGUCUGGUAUGGGCGUCUCCCAAACGCUCGACAUCCUCCAACAGGAGAACCCGCACGUCCCCCUGCUCCCGCGCGAUAUUUACAACGCCCGCGCGGCGAUCAACCGCAACCCGCAGAAGGUUGCUUCGGGAUUGGCGGAGAACCGGGCGGCCAUCUACAGCAAGCCGCAGCCGACGCCGGAGGAGAGGAUCCGGGCUGACCUCCGGAGAGAGCUGGCCAAGGUGCGCGAGGAGUAUGAGAAGCUGAAGGAGGAGAGCGCGAAAGAGAUUGCGGAUCUCAAGGCGAAGAUUGAGGAGAAGAAUAAAAUGAUUGAGAAGUUUGAGCAGUUUAUUGAUUUGUGUAAUCAGAGGGUCAUGGUGAGUUUGGGGAAGGAACGGGAGCAGAGGGGGUCGUAG